AUGUAACUUAAGAUAUCUGCAAAUUUCGUUGAGCUUUAUUUAAAUCAAACUCCUUGUGGAUUAGGUCCUUUAGCUGCAUUACUUUUUGGUAUAAAGAUGUUUUAGGAGAAAAUAUUGUAUGUGCCAUGUAAUAAAUAAAAGAUUAUCUUAUAGCUGUUGAUGGAUAAAAGAGAUCUAAUUAAAAUCCUGUAAAUUAUCGUUCUCCAGCUUCAAGGUAUAAAGUAAGAUAAUUAGAAACUUAAAAUUUACACCAAUAUCUAUAAAGCAUGACAGUAUUGAAUUAAAGGGUUGGUUUAUUUAAUAGGAAUAGCCAACUUAAACACCUACAUUGAUAUUUUUUCAUGAGAAUGCUGGAAGUAUUUCAAUUUAAAAAUUAUAGAUCUUGGAUAUCGUUUAGAUUAUUUUGAGAAAUAUUACUAUAAUUUAAAAUGUAAUAUAGUUGCUGUAGCAUAUCGAGGAUAUGAUGAAAGUUCAGGUAGUCCAAAUCAAAUAGGAAUUUAAAAGGAUGCUAUAGCUAUUGUUAGAUAUGUUUUUACAAAUUUAGAAAUUGAUAAAAAUAAUGUAUUUAUUCAUGGAAGAAGUCUUGGAGGAGCAGUUGCUAUUUAUGCAGCAAACUUUUUUUAAGAUUCUAAAAAAGAGAAAAUAAGAGCAAUUAUUAUAGAAAAUACAUUUACAUCAAUUAAUGAUGUUGUUAAUGAUUUAGUUCCUAAUUUACGUGUUUCAAAUCUUUUAUUUUCAAGAAAUUAAUGGAGAAGUUGUGAUACAAUAAAAAAUAUCAAAUUACCUAUUUUAUUCAUAUCAUGUAUAAAAAAUUUUUGAAUAUAAAAAAGCUGGAUAGGAUGAGUUAGUUUCAUAUAAUCAUAUGAAAAAAUUAAUUGAGUUAUCAGAAAAUUGUCAAAAUAAACGGGAAUAUCAUAUAGUAGAUGGUGAUCAUAAUAGUAAUUGGAUGAAAGAUGAGGGAGCAUAUUUCUAAAAUAUUUUAUUAUUUUUUCAAAGUAUAAAUAAUUGAGAUGAGUAUAAGA